AACCAAUCGAUGCGGCGGUAGCUUGGUGCUCCGGAGAUCGCCGCUCGAACGGAGUCGAUGAUGAGGACGUAUCUACGCUCCGGCGCCGGACGAGUUCACUUCCUUCUCGAAGCAUGGAGGCCUAUAUCAUCACUUAUUUCGCCAUCGCCAGUCAACUCUUUCUGCACCAUUUCUGCGGUAUCUCCCAAAACCCUAAAAUACGGAGGCGACGAUGACAACUUCAAGCGGGAAUCUAAGAAAAUCAAAUUACCUCGGAGUAGUGUAACCACCGUGCUUCAGAGUGGCAACCGUGAGACUCAAAGGAUUUCAAUCACUAAGCUCCGGAAGGUCACCAAAAAGCUUUGCAAAUCGAAGCGCUUUGCGUCAGCGCUAGAGGUACUAAUGUUGAUGGAAACUCGAAAUAAAUUGCGUAUGUCACCGGCUGAUCAUGCUCUCAGAUUGGAAUUGACUAUCAAACUGCACGGUUUACUGGAAGCUGAAGAGUACUUCAGUAAAUUGCCCAACAUAGCCUCUCAGAAAGCUUCAUCUCUCCCUCUUCUUCAUGGUUAUGUCAAAGACAGGAACACCGAGAAAGCUGAGGCUUUCAUGAUGAAGCUUAAGGACUUGGGACUGGUUGUGGAGCCGCAUCUUUACAAUGAGAUGAUGAAACUGUAUGUGGCGACAUCUCAAAAUGAGAAAGUUCCUCUUGUCAUAAGGGACAUGAAGCAAAAUCAAAUAAUGAGAAAUGUUCUCUCUUACAACCUUUGGAUGAAUGCUUGCAGUGAAAUGUAUGGGGUUGGGUCAGUGGAGUGGGUGCACAAAGAAAUGCUGAAAGACGAAAACGUUCAAGUGGGAUGGAGCACUCUAUCUACUCUGGCUAAAGUUUACAUAGAGGCAGGCGUUGUUGAGAAAGCGUUUUCAGCUUUAAAAGAUGCAGAGAAGAAGCUAUCCCCAUGUAACAGGCUUGGAUAUUUCUUCUUGAUCACAUUAUAUGCUUCUCUGAACAAUAAAGAGGGAGUUCUUCGACUUUGGAGAGCUAGCAAAGCUGUAAUUGGCAGACCCACUUGUGCUAAUUAUAUGUGUCUGCUUCUAUGUUUGGUGAAGCUAGGAGAGAUUGAAGAGGCUGAGAAAAAAUUUAAGGAAUGGGAACUCAGUUGUCGUAAUUACGACAUUAGAGUUUCCAAUGUUCUUCUGGGUGCAUAUGUGAGGAAUGGAUUGUUAGAAAAAGCCGAGUUGUUGCAUCUGCGCACAUUGGAGAGAGGUGGGAGUCCAAAUUAUAAGACAUGGGAGAUUCUCAUGGAGGGAUGGAUGAAGAGGCAAAACAUGGAUAGAGCUAUUGAUUCUCUCAAGAAAGAUUAUGAUUUGUUGAAACACCACCCUGGUUAAAGUCGUCACUUCCUUUUGUUCUUGGAAGGCUUGUUGGUUUUGAGCUUAUACAUUGAAGGAGUGACUGAAUUAAUAUGAAGGGCAUUUCCUUUGCCAUGGCCACAGUCUCAUAUGAGUUACAAACAGGGGAUUUGGUAAGACAAUUUGUGUAGAGGAAGCUGAUGCAGUUGCAGUUGAUGUGUUCUGUCCUGACGUCAUGUGAAGUUGGAUUUCAUUUUCAGCAAGUGAAGGAACUGACACUGAAGGAUCAUGAACAUUUUCUGAUAUACAAUAACUCUGCUAAAUGGGAGCCGAAGACACUGUUGAUAUGAUCCAUUGCAUAUGGUUCGAUAGAACAUCUAUCUAUAUAUGCCGUUAAUCUGCUUGUAAUGGUGCAAUCACUGUGAAGCAUAGAUUUGUCGCAAUGGGAAUAAGAUGGAUUCAUAGGUGGUAUGCUAUUAUUGUCUGUCCCUUUCCUUAUUCAUUCAGGGCUUCUAAGUGUCCUUUGUACUGUUUGCAAAUCAUCGAGUCGUGUUUAAGUAAAUUGGGUUAGGUUUGGUUGCUAAUGGAAUAGAAUCCGUUGACAGCAGCAUAAAUGACUAGAAUUGGAAGUGGUGCAUAUCGUGGUUUUUGCCAGCUGAGAAUAAAGUUACUGUGUAUUUUCCAGCAACGAAAGAAGCAUCCUGGUCCAAUUUCAAGCAUUUUCAGAAUAUUUCGUUA